GUCUCCCUCCACACAGACCCCUCGACUAGGCUCUGCUUCCCCCCCGGUCUCUGCUGCUCCCGUUGCAGCGACUGCUGCUGCUGCUGCGUUCCACACAAAGUGCGGUGCCUGGAACCUGGGCCUCGACAAAGCGACCGGCCCUUUCCCCCGCCAACCCUCCCCGGCUGAGAGACACCCGGACCCGGCCGUGGCUCAGGAGGAGAGGCACGGGGCGGUCAGCAGACCCAGUGGGAUCGACGCUCCCUCGACCAUGUCGGAGCGGAGGUCUAAACUCUUAAAAGCUCUGGAUGCAGUGGAACGCAUACAGGAAACAUCAAGUGACGAAGAGAAACCUCGACACGAUGAGAUAAUUCUGUUGAACGAGGAGGACAGCGAGUCUCCAGAUGACAAGCAGGAGGUGAAGAGCGUGCCGUUCACCAUCCCGCUGAGGACGGAUCUGACCAAGGACGUGUCCAUGGUUCAGCUGUCUCCGCUGAGGCACCUCAAUACGGAAUGCGGUGAUGUCAAGAAGUCUACGAGCUCGUACUUCGCCAAAGGAGGACGCGGGAUACGAGCGUCGCCCACCCAGACCAGGGCCCGGUUGCCCUCCACGGAAAACUCGUCCAGGGAGCAGCUGCGCCCGCUGCGCAGCAGCCCGCAGGCGUCCACGGCGGCCGGCACGGUGGUGGGAGGGCGCUGGUUCCUGCACGCCAACGCCCAGAGCAAGGAGCCAUCCCCGCGCAAGGAUGGUGACACGACUGUGAGGCCGCAUCUGUACCCCGUGGUGGUGCUGGGAGUGAAGGACAGACUCGGCAAUGGCAGUGACUCCGUGACCCGGGUGACCUCCGCUGCUGAUGCAGCAGACGACGACGCCCUGGACGCCGCCGCCGCCAACGUGGAGAAGGUGUCGGAGUUUUGCCGCAAGGUGAUUUUCAAGCGGGGCGGCAGGGACGUAACGGCGGGCAGCCUCCUGCUCUCUCCCGGCACGCCCACGGAGCCGCCCUCCGCCAACGUCACCGCCCAUCGCUCGGCGUUGCGCCCGUCUCUCGACGGCGCUGACAAACAGUUCUGGGCGGUCUGCAACAACUGUGGCAAGAAGAGCGAGAACCUCACGACCUGCGACUCGUGCCACAAGCUGAUCCCCGACACGGCGCGCAAGCGCCUCAAGGAAGCGGCCGAGGGCGGCGGCGGAACCGGCGCCGCCACCAGUGCCGGCGGGACGGGGAGCGGCACGUCCAGCAACUACCAGCACCUGACGGCGAUCGGCAAGAGGUCGCCGCUGCUGCUGACGCUGAGCCUGCGGGCGCAGAAUGCGUACAGGUCGCCGGAGGAGCGCCUGCAGGCCGUAGAGUCGGCUGCCUUGAGGCUGAGAUCGAACGACUUCAGCGGAGUGUCGCCGCUGGGCAGACCCGACCACGUCAAACUCGCGCGCAGCGGCAGCAGCACCGUCCCUCGCGCGUCCGUGCGGGGCAGGGGGAGGGGGAGGGGUCGUGGGGCACGGAAGCCUCAGCUGCCCACGGAGCCGAUCGUGCUGUCGAGUGACGAUGAGGACGAGGAGAACGAGACUCGGAGCUCCGGCUGCACCACCCCGACCUCGACGCCGCUGUUGGUGUCUGAGCUCGACACGGGCUGGUGUGCCACCCCCACCAGCACCGCCAGCGCCGCCAGCACCGCCAGGGCCGCCAACUCCUCAGCCUGCGCUUCCCCCAUCGCCACGUCCAUCACCAGCGGCACGCCCAGGGGGACCACGAGUCCCGUGGCCGGCCGCCGCAGCAUCAGAGAGCCGAGCGACCGUCGCGAGACCUCGUCGCCCGUCUCGGGCCCGUGCUCGGGCCCGUGCUCGGCCGACGAGCGUCCCGCGCUGCUGAGCGACGACGCGACGUCGGUGGACGAACGGCCCGCGGCCGGCGACCAGCCCGCGGGAGGAGACGACGACUACGGAGACUUUGGGAGCCUCUUCCAGAUGUCGACGAAAUCCACCAUGAGCAUCAAGGCCAGGAUGAAGAACAAGUUUGGUCAAAGCCCGGUGCCGGUGAAGCGGCCGCGCAUCGCGGUGGGGAGGAGGGGGUCCUGCGGCGGCAGCAGCGGCGCCGGCACGGCCGCCAGGCCGGCGGCGACGGCCGCCCCCAGCAGCCUGGCGGGGCUCGACGAGUCGGCCGCCAUCAGCCUGGUGUGCCGCAUGUUCCGUGUGGGGACGCUCAAGAUCAGGGAGCCGUGUCUCGCCGUGUUUUCGGAGGACGGAUUGCGGUUUGAAGACAUGAAGGCGGAGGCCCUGACGUUGGCCGCCAGGGAGCUCACGUCGUUUGAGAUGGCAUUCAGCCGCACGUGCUCCAUGCUCUUCAUCCAGACCACAUCCAUCGCCGCGCAACGCUUCUGCCACCAGCUGAACAUGAGCCGCGACAAGCAGGAAUGGUUCAACCCGACAGGCAACGACCCCAAGGAGAUGUACAUCAUCCUGGUGCUGGACAGCUACCCCGAGUAUCCGGCCCAGAAGGAGCUGAAAACCCUCAUGGAAGCCGUCGGAUGCCGCAACAGCAUCCGGGGAUUCUGCCGGCAGAUCAAGACCCUCGAGGCCAACCAGAGGCUCAUCCUGAGCACCGCCGGCACCGCCGGCACCGCCGGCACCGCCGAGCCGGCGGGCGCCGCGGCGGCCGACGAGGCCCUCGCCUCCUCGUCGUCCGCCGAGGACGGAGCCCCGUCGCCCGCCGCUGGUCGCAAGGCGCCCGCCUGCACGCUCCCGUCGUACCAGCUGCGCACCACGCGGAGGAUCGCCGUCAGCACGAGCAGCGCGAGCAGCGCGAGCGCCUCUCCGACCGGCGCCGACGGCUUCUCGGUGACCGUGGAGAAGCUCGUGGUGUUCCCUCCGCCACCCGCCAAGGGCGCCAUCAGUGUGACGAGCGAGGACCUCUCCUGCCUCAACCCGGGAGAGUUCCUCAACGACGUCAUCAUCGAUUUCUAUCUCAAAUACCUGGUGAUGGAGAAGUUGGCCAAGGCCGACUCUGAAAAGAUCCAUAUCUUCAGCUCCUUCUUUUACAAGCGACUCAACCAGCGCGACAAGAGCCGCUCAGAGGAGGCGGCCGGCCUCACGCUGCCUCAGCGGAGGCACCGGCGCGUGCGAACCUGGACGCGCCACGUAGACAUCUUCGCCAAGGACUUCGUCUUCGUACCGAUCAACGAGACUUCCCACUGGUUCCUGGCCAUCAUUUGCUUCCCUGGGCUCCAGGGAAAGUGCUACGUCCCAAAGGCUAAGAGCCUCGCCUUCGCAGCUAGCAACAGCAGCGGCAAGCAGGGCGGCACCACCAUCACCCCCACCAACAACAACGGCAGCAACAGCAGCAGCAACAGCAGCAGCAGCAGCAGCAGCAAUGCUGCCCCCACCAGGGUGGAGGUGUUUGAUGGGUCGAAGGUCGCAGAGGAGGAGGACGGAGAGACGGAGAGCCAGGCCGGGUCAGACGACACCACGGAGCAGCUGAUGCAGCAGACGAUAAGCCUGGAGCACUCGUCCAACAACGACUCGGGCGAGGAGGUGGGGGAGAGCGAGGAGGGGGGGCAGCGUCCCGCGCGUAACGGCGUCGUCCCAGCGGCACGCACCUCGGGACGCUGCCAGCGCGACGCGGACACCGUCUGCAAGCAGCCCUGCAUCGUCAUCAUGGACUCCCUCAAGGGCUCGUGUCGCAACGCGGUCGCCAAGACGCUGCGCGAGUACCUUGAGGUGGAGUGGUUCGUCCGCCGAGGGGAAUCUCGGCCCUUCACCAAGGACUCCAUGAGAUACUGCUGCCCCAAGGUGCCGCAGCAGGACAAUUUCAGCGACUGCGGCGUGUACCUGCUGCAGUACGUGGAAAGCUUCUUUGAGAGCCCCGUCACGUCCUUCGAGCUGCCGCUGCAGCUGGAGAACUGGUUUCCGCAGGAGCGCGUCAAGCGCAAGCGCACGGAGUUGCAGCAGCUCAUCCUGCUGCUGCACCACCAGCUGCAGCGCGCACCCCGCACGGUGCCGCGCGACCGCUCACCUCGGCACGCCACCCCCGACUCCUCCGGCGCUCCGAGCCCCGAGGCCAACGGGGACGCGUGCGGGGCGCCCCGCAGGGAGGGAGACUCGGGAGAGGGGCAGCAGCAGCAGCAGCCCGCGGGGGACUCGCGGCGCAGGAGAAGCGGGGAAGAGAGAGGGGAUCGUGAGGAGGAGGAGGAGGCCGAUGAGGAGAUGACGACGUCGGAGCGGGAGGACGAGGAGGAGGAGGAGCGGGUGGUGGAGUCGUCCAACGACUGUGAGCUGGAGUUCAUGACGGAGGAGGAGGGGGGGCUGGUUCGAGGUUCGAAUCCCUCGUCGACGACGACGGACGAGUCGGAGCACAAAAAGUUCGGCGUCGAGACGUGACGGCGGUCGUGCGGUGUGCGUGGUUGCGCGUCGGCGCGCGUGCGAGAGUAUGAAUGCGCGCGUGCGUGCGAGAGUAUGAAUGCGCACGUGUGAGUGGGGAGCGGUGGCGCAGUAGUUGGCGUGCCGUGCUAGGAUCCCGACGAACCGAGCUUCAUUCCAACUGAACCAGUCCUGUGCCUCCCAUAGGUUGACUCAGCCUCAAAUGAGCACCUGGUGCAGUGUGUGAACAUCAGCACUGGGGAGACGAAGGCGGCCCGGCAUGGUGUUGUCGGCCCCCCCGCCCCCUUGUGUGCCAUCGGGUGCUUGCAGCACUUGCCCGACAGUCUGGUCACGUCGACACGGCGGGGUCUUUGCGUGUGCAACGCUUGCAACUCCUUUGCUUGCCGUCAUUAGUUAAGCCUCGCUCUGCUUGCACGCGGAUGAGAAGCGGAUUCUCAUGUCAUUGGCGGGUGCCACUUGGCCCACCGCCCCUCCACCGUUGAUCAAUAACGAGCUCAGGAGAGCGAAACUCAACGUGCUCUUGCGUUCUCCAAUCCAGGGUCGAGGGUCCACUCGACCAUCAUCCCUCCAUAGUCACGAUGACGAUUGCAACCGUGUGGAAUGUCAACUGUUGUUAGUCCCGGCCAUAGUAAUGUGGAAUUUGGUGGCGAGGGGGCGGGGAGCUGCUGUGUGUAUUGCCCUGCAAUCGGCAGGAACGUCGAUGGGGACCGAGGCGUCCCGUCGUGUCAAAAGCAAUCGCCCCUCGGGCCGACGCACGCGCCGCCAAGUUCGACGCGAGCGGCCUUCUUGUCGCCUCGGCUCUCGAGCGCAGGCUACCGCCGCGUUCACCCGCGCGUCACCCCCCCCCCGCUCCC